AGCCUUUACAUCCCUUGUGCUAGCCUUGCUGUCUCAACCACAACCUCAUCGCACCAGCUACAAGAAAAAAACUCCUAGCGAAAAAGAAAAAACCGGCCUUUUGGUGGUCAGGGGGAUGUCUAAAUUCGAUCUGUACAUUUUAAGAAAAGAUCUGAUUGGGUCAGACCUCUUUGAUCAAUUUUCUGAAAAUGACGUGAUGAUGAAUGAUACAAUAGAUAAAGCUGCUGAGAAUAUAAAAAAGCUAUAUCAAACGAACAAAAGCUUUCUAAACGCCCUUGACAGUCUAGCAUUAGAAGAUAAUGGAUUACAUCAUAUCCAACAAGUAGCGCAUAUCUACUCCACACUCAAAAACAACCCAUUACACCCUCUCUACGAACACCUCGAUCGUAUCCAGACCACGUUAAUGUACGUGUGUGCCGAAAAUCCGACAACCAGGGAGGAAAUGCGGUCAAAUCUAACGCAGUUAGCAGCCGAGUAUCUUCCUAGACCUAAACACACCAGCACCGACUCUCCCAGUCCUAAUACUUAUACUGAUUCGGCUUCAAGGAAAAGCUGCGAAGAAUUAAAUUCUAAAGCCAGUUUUGAAAAUCCUACGGAGGAAGUGGAGGAAGCAAUCAGUCGACAAUUUUCACUGGCUAUGACUAUCGGAAACCGCGUGCUGGAUCAGCAUAUGAAAUGA